ACGACGGGAGGUAUGAGGAAUACUCCGUGGCUAACGAUAGCAAGAUACACAAACCGGGAUUUAAUUCACUUUCGAUAUUUUCUGACACCCUUUAUGUCUACUAAAAGCUGCAGAGGGACAUAAUUUCGUGAAAUCCCUCGGUUUUCCUUCAUCACUCCCACCGAGGCGAGUAGCGAGAACGAGAGUGCCCCGCUAAUCCCGAAGAGAGGGACGCGGCCUGCUUUUCUAGCCGGCUUCCCGGUGCAGCCCAGGCGGCUAGCCCUAUCACCAGAGCUCGGUGCUUCUACUGGCUGGUUUUUAUUUACACCAAAGGAGGCGUCGUAGCUUCGAGAUUAUUUUUAUUUUAAUAACAGCUGCUUCUCUACAAUUUAUCCCCCAUCCUCUAGACGUGGAGCUGUGAACGUUUCCCUCCAAAUAGGAGCUUUCGAGGCUGGGGAGGCCUGUUUUGUUUUCGAGCCGCCUUGAACAAUAACACAACCAUAACGAGCCUACUGGGGCUGCACUGCACUGUGAAAAAUACAUGCAUGGACCGACGUGAAAACCCGGGACAAGCAUGCAUGUGGAGUAUGGAUUUAUCAGAGGGAAAUCACUGCAAACUGGAUCACGCUUUAUUGGAAUGCUUUUUUUGAUUAUAACUCACGGACUGUAUGGAAACAGACGACGUUUACAUGCACGCUCGAUCUCCUUGUGAAUGCAUUUAGACUGAAAUCAGCAUUAGUUUUACAUCUUUGACAUCACAUUGAGGAUGGAUUGGAUGUGACUUGGGAUGAGUAACCUCGAUUGCUCCCUUCGCAGACUGCUCUAUAUGUGGGAUUUACCGUUUUUAUCCAUCUAUGCUCUCAUCAAUGCUCAUUUUACCCCUGGAGUAGCCGCUCUACCGCUGCCUCCAUCCCUAAGUUUGUUGGUGUGAUUUUGCUCUUUUAACACAUUACUACAUCGGACUGGAGCCCCGGGACAGGCAGCUGAGAUGAACCCAGUGAAUGCGACUUCUCUUUACGUGUCCGCAAGCCGAUCGGUGCUGCAGUGCGACCCCCGAGACCCCCGGGCUUUGGCUGAACUCUGCAAACUGCUGCCGUUUUUCCGCCAGUCCCUGUCCUGUUUGGUCUGUGGUAACCUACUGCAGGACCCCAUCGCUCCCACAGACUCGUCAUGUCAGCACUAUGUCUGUCGAGGCUGUAAGGGUCAGAGGAUGCAGCUGAAGCCGUCCUGUAGUUGGUGUAAGGACUACUCACGCUUUGAGGAGAACCGGCAGCUCUCCUUGCUUGUUCACUGUUACAGGAAGCUCUGCCUCUACAUCACCCAGUCUCCGCUCGCCCCGCACAUAGCCAGCGCUGCCAGCGACUCGCCAGACCUCCAGGCCAUCCUCAACGAGGGCCUGACGUUGGCUGAGAAUGAGCCAGAGGUGGAGGACAUUUUAGACUCAGUCAGCCUAUCACAAACGGCCUCCACCUCUGAGUUAGUGCAGCCUGAUGAAGCCCCGUCCUCUAAGGAGAUCAAGGUGGAGGAGCUGAGCGGCAUCAGCGUGAAUGGGCUUCAUGACUGUAACGGCCUCAUCAGUUCAGACUCUCUGCAGCCCAUCACCAUAGAAACAGGUGGAGGUGUUGCUAAGCAGGAGAGUUUUUCAGAGGAGAUCCCGGUGUGUGUGAGCGUUACUGGCAGUGGGGAGGCAGGACUCUGUGACAUCAGUUCUUUCGGGGAUGACCUGAAACAUGGCGGAGGUCCAUUGUUGUUGAGCGUUGAGGAGGUGCUUAGGACUCUGGAGACAGACACAGACCCUGCCCCUGAGCCCAAUCCCCCUCCAGACUGCCCCCCCUCUGUCCUCCAGUCCAGCCUCAACGGGCCCCACUGCCCAUCAGGGCCUGACUCAUCCCGGCUCAUCCCCUCCCUCCCCCCAGAGAACAGCCCCCGGCCCCUACACCCUCACCCACAGCCCUCUAUGCAGCCCCCUCCUCAGCCCUCCACUGUCGUCCCCCAUGUCCCCCCACGCUAUCACCGUAAACGCUCCCGCUCAGAGAGCGACAGCGAGAAGGUGCAGCCCCUCCCCAUCUCCACGCUCCUACGGGGGCCUCCCCUCGGUGCCAACGGCUCCCCCCACCACCCCAACCUUGGGGCCACCACCAAACAGGAGCUCAAGUUCCCUGCAGCUGUUCCCCACCCACACCUAGCCCCGGUUCCUAACGGUGGGCCCCCAAAGGUGGGUAAAACUGUCCUCAUCCCCAACAAGGCGCUGAAAAAGACUGUAGAGCACCAUGGAGGUCCUAAGAAGGCCUACACCAAGGCAAGGCAAGGGGCCCCCAAGCCCCGAGCACAACCACGUGACAGAGUCCCUCCUCACCCCCAUGCUCAUCCACUUACCCACCCACCCAGCCCCUCCAAGCCACUGUACAAGAAGCCUGUGGAGAAGAAGGGCUGCAAGUGUGGCAGAGCCACACAAAACCCUUCAGUGUUGACCUGCAGGGGGCAGCGCUGCCCUUGCUACUCCAACCGCAAGGCUUGUCUGGACUGUAUCUGCCGCGGCUGUCAGAACUCUUACAUGGCCAACGGAGAGAAGAAGCUGGAAGCCUUCGCCGUGCCAGAGAAAGCUCUGGAACAGACUCGCCUCACACUGGGCAUCAACCUCACCAGUAUCACGGCAGCAGCCCUGCGGAGCCCAGCCACCAGCUCCCCUGGCAACACCCUUCUCAACGUCACCACAGCAACAGGAGCCCCCGUCACAGCCGCGUUCCUGUCGGGGACAGGGCGUGACAACCACGGCUAUGACGAUUCACUGGAGAUGCGGUUUGACUGCUGAGGUCAGUCGUUACGCACAUUCCCCUGCCCCGCCGGCUGGGCGUUAUCCAUCAGGGUGUGCCAGGGACCUGUGGGGGCGGAGCCAGAACAAAGGCAGCUACAGUGACAGGCGAUAGCGAGGGUCACCGGCGGAAGCUGAGAAUUCGCCCUCCGUUCAUCGCCCAAAACUGCACCAUGCUUGUGGUCUUGCAGCGUGGAAGAGAAGAAGAAGACGAAGAAGGAGGAGAUGUAGCGUUACUGUAUGUGCAGAGAUUUCAUUUCAGCGCAGAUAGAGUUUCAUGUUUUUGUUUUCUUCUCUACUAUGGGUAACGUGUAGAGCAUGUCGUGUAGCCUCGCCGUGUGUAUGUGUGCGUGCAUGUGAGUGUGUAUGAGCGAAGGGAAGAGCUUGCUUUGGAGCGGAGACAUCUUCAACAGAGACUGGUGUAAUUUAUAUAAAGAAAGAACUUUUUGUACAUGGACUUGUCAGUUUCCAUAAAAGAAGACGUUUUAUGAUAUAUUUUAUAAGUUACAUUAAAAACCAACAGAAGCCGGCGCAGGGGCACACCUGCAUUCAACCAGAAUAUUUUCACACAGGUAAAACGGUAGAUUGUAUUUUGAAUACUAGAAUGAAAAUCAAGUAGAAGACUAUCGAAAUUAACACAGCCUGCAGAGUAACUUCUAUAGGUUAUUAACAUUUACAAUAACACAAUUUUUUAUAACUGUCGCUGCAAGAACAGGGAUGUGACUCUAAGGUCAGCGAUAUACUUACUGAUUAACUCUGCUUUCACGAACAUGUCUGGGUGCAUCAUGAAUGUUCUUGUAAAUAAACUCCUCUAAAUGUGACAUGUCACCGGAAGAAACCUCUAGAGGGCACACAAGAGCUCUUAAGCCUUGUGUGUGGGAUGUAAACUACAAACAUGGUAACAUUUAGAACAUUAUUCUGGGAUCAAAGCUAACAUAAGAAACAUUAUUAAAUUAUAAAAUCAGAUCAGUGAAGGCAACUUUAGACGGGGGGUUAGAGCAGACAAUCUGUACAAUGAUUUUCCAUCAUUUUCCUCUAAUUUACGGGCUUAAUGGUCCCUGCACAAAAAGUUAACAGGUGACUUAAGCGGUACUGCCACGAGGGAUGUAGAUGACACAUUUUUCUAGACCAAGUACUCAUGUUUGUAUACUUACCAGUGGUGAGUACAGAUAUGAGGACUUAAUAAUACCAUUACUAUUAGUUGGUUUAAUUGUCAUCAGAUGUUCUGCAGUACUCUGCUUUAUAUCAGCACAGAUACCUUAUACUGGUGUGCAUUCCUAGUUUCCACCAAGUAGUCUGGCUCAGUUCAGUUUGGUACUGUAUGCAAUUAUUAGUGUUUGUGCAGUCAAAAGUUAUGAAAAUAACCAAUCUGUACCAUCAUACCCCUUCUGUUGGGGUACCAAGCAUUCCUAUCUACUCUGCUGAACAGCUUUUCUCCCUCAUUUUGUCUUAAACACGAUUUUAAAAGACAGGGAGACACUUUUUGCCAAAUAAACCUUGUCUGGUAUUUUUACAUUGAAUUGAAAGCUCAAUUCAAGAUAAGUUACCAGCUGUAGUGAUGUGUAGUUCAUGAAUGAACUGGUUCCAAGAGUCCGGUCUUCUAUGUGAACAUCAGGAGCAAGUUUCCUUUUUUUCUUCCCUUUUUGUUUAUUAUUCAUAGAAAUAGAAAAGCAGAAAUGGUAUCAAAUGAAGGGUUUCCUAGAAGCUGAAGAGAUGCUGGUUUAACUGAGCUCAGACAAUUAUCUGGAUCUCUAAAAAAGCCAUUAUUCCCAUUACAUUGGCUGCAGAAAUGUGAAAAAAAACUGCACCAAACUUUGCUGAUCCAAGCAGGACUACUUGGUGGAAAACUACUAUUUGAUCUGACCUUUAAUAGAUGUCACAGCAGAUGUUAACAAGGAAAUUCCUUGUGAAAGCCUCUUUAUGUAGUUUUUCAGUAUGUCCUGACAUCCUCAUUAGACACGUAUCAGCAUUUCUUACUAAUAAACUAACUUGGUUCGACCACCUGGGUGUAUUAACAGCCACCUAAGUAUAUUUGCCUACCUUUUUCUUUUAAAAUGUCCCUUAUAAUCCUGAUCUGUGUGCAUGAGAGAGGUAUCUACUAGUAGAUCCCUCCUGUAAAUGCACCAAAUGAAGUGACAACAUUCUGGUGAAUUUAGUGUUCAUUUUGUUGACUAAAACUACGACGAAACUACGAAAGUCAUCCACAUUUUUCCAUGAGAAAGAUGAAGCUCAAACUAGCUAAAAAUACAUCUUGGUUGAUAAAACUGACAAAACGCAAGUUUCAUUUUCCUCAAGGAGACUGAAACAUGACUACAAUGUUAAUACAGGUAUUUUGCUUUUUAGUUAAUUUUACUGUCUGGCUGAUUAAAUCAGUUCAAAGAGCAUAAACAUUGUGACAUCAAGACUAAAAGACAACAGCUCAGGCUAACUUUAGAAUAUCUGUCAAAAUGAACUCCACAAAGUUAAAAAUGGAGCCACUGUUUCAGCAGUUAUCUGUUCUAUGAAUUAUAAUUACAGAAUAAAGUGAAGUGAAACAUGUCAAAAAGCAAGUGACGUUACUUGAGUGUCUUUAUACAGUGCACUGCUGAUGAAUACCUCUUAAACAGCAGGAACACUCAAAUUAAACUUUGAGGAUUGAGGCAGGGUAAAAUCGCCAUCUUUACUGCCCAGAUACAGUGUAAAUCUGUGGGAAACACUGUACAAAAAAAUUAACUUACGGAUGCAGCUAUGGUUACAUUUGACUAAAAGGUACCAGUUUGCGGGGCCACCACUUGAACCAAUACACCAAUCUUGUUUCUUUACUUUUACAGGUUUAAACAUCCACUUAAACUUUAUCUGUUAUCAGUUAGUUUGACAGACUUUUCCGAGGAUGAUGCACCAAACAGACGCAGGGAUGCUUGGCAACCAUGAUUUGAACGUGGAAGCGUAGUUAUCAGCAGGUACAUCUCCGUCCUAACACCACCAGCCAAAUGUAUGUUGUCUGUUGAAUGUUUAUACACCCAAACAUUACUCUCAAUGUUAUUGUGAACUGAUUAUAUAUAUCAAACAGAUGAAAUCUUUAUAGGCAGUCAACCAACGUGGCUGGUAGAAGAUGAACCUCCUCCCUGGUUUGCUGUUGAAUCAUUUGUGUGUUCUUGUAUUAAGCACUUCUCUCACUUUUUCACGGCGUAAACUCACCACCUCUGGCAUCAUCCUGCUUGUGUUAAAAGCUCUGGUUGACUGCAGGCACGUUCAUCACAAGUGUUUUUGGUUUCUGGAAGCUACACACAUGCUGCUAAACACCAUAAUGGACUAAAGAAGGAGAGCACACCCGUUUCCCCUCCGUCUUUCUGUUCUGCUCGUUUUUGUUUUUGAAGAUCCAUGUUAACAACAUUUGCAGUAUUUAUUGGACGUCUCCUAACAUAGGCUACAUGUUGGGCGUCAGUUCAGCCCCCUCUCUCUGUCUCUUGAGUCCAUCUGGACUUCUGUCUCAGUCCGGUUGCUGUCUCCUUCUUAGUGUUAGUUUCUGGUGUCUCCAAACAGUUUUUGUUCUCCCUCGGGGCAUUUAAAUACCUGUAAUAUAACUGUAACAUAUUUCCACAAAAAAGAAAGAAAAUCCAAAUCUUA